GCGACCUAUCAUCAUUCAAAUUCAAUGAUUCGGGUUACAACAGUAACACACAGUCACCGAAAAUAACCUACCCAGUAGCCUACUUUUGGGGACGUUGAAGAAGUCUUACUCUCAUAUAUGCAACUGUUGACUUUUCCCUCAGGCUGAUGAGGCACGGGACGUUCAAAAAGUGCCAUGUGAGUUGAUGUCGACAACCAAGGCAUGCCGAAUGCACUGAUAACAAUGUAACGGAUUCUAGAAUCAUUCCGCUGUGCUGUCAGUGAUUGACACAUUUAACCGGACCGUUCAAGUCCUUCAAGAAGGCAGAUAAAAGAAAGUCACCCACAUCUGGAAUGGCAUGAGGAUAUAUGUUGGGUAAAGGGUCAAAGCGGAAACUAGAUGAGGAUGAAGAGGGCCUGGAAGGCAAAGCGUUGGCGGCAGGGGCCGGAGCAUUGACUGAUGGCCUCUCUAAGGUCUCCUACACACUGCAGAGGCAGACCAUCUUCAACAUGUCCCUGAUGAAGCUGUACAACCAGCGGGCACUUACCGAACCCAGCCUGGAAAAGCGUGUGCUCAUCAACAACAUGUUGAGGCGCAUCCAGGAUGAGCUAAAGCAAGAGGGCAACCUGCGGCCACUCUUUUUUCCCCCCUCCCCUCCGCCAGACGACCCUGUGGACGAGAGUUUCUGCGAGGCGCAACCUGCCUUCAGCGUGCUGUCUAUGGUGGCCCAACCGCUGUCCCAGUCUCCCGCACUCUCUGCUCCAGUCCUUAUGUCCCCCUCGCCAGGACUGUCAAACCCAGCUCCUCUGGAGUCCUGUCUUACCCCAGCCUCACUCUUAGAGGAGGACAGUGUCACUCUUUGCACAACACCCUCUCCGCUAGCUCCUCCUCCUCUCCCCAGACUCCCUCCCUCAGUGGCCAGGGACAGCUUCUCUUCUGCCCUGGACGAGAUUGAGGAACUCAGUCCGUCUCCAUUACCACCAACUACAGCAGUGCCCGGUGCUACCUCUCCCACUUCCUCCCCUACAGUGGCCCUCCACAUGCCGUUGUUGCCCCCCACCUUAAACUCAGGGGACUCCAAAGACUGCUGUAAGCCCUGCAGCCCAAAGCUUGAAGGGCUGGUCCCAUUGCCUGAGGAACGGCCAGCAGUCCCCAAUGUGCCAUCCAGAUUGCUGGAGUCCCUUCCUCCUAACAGCCUGGACAUGAACACCUCACCCACCUCCUCGUCCUCAGGCUUUCUAACAGACCUAGCCCUGGACGACAUUCUCUUUGCAGACAUUGACACAUCCAUGUACGAUUUUGACCCCUGCACCUCUUCCUCAGGUGCUACCUCUUCAAAACUGGCACCCAUGGUGACGGCAGACGAGCUUCUCAAGACUCUGUCUCCCUACAGCAGUGCUACUCCUGCAGUCACCUCAAACCAGCCUUUUAAAAUGGACCUCACUGAACUGGAUCAUAUUAUGGAGGUGCUUGUGGGAUCAUGACCAGGUUUGGAGGGAAUUGGGAAAGAAAUGCAAAACCAAUCAAAUAAUUUUUUGUACAAACUGAGAAUGGAACUGAAGAAUCACUUUGUGAGUGUUUUUGUACAGUUUUUAAAGACAAGGAAAUUGAAAUUUUAAUGAUGAAGUUUCCCAGUACUACUUCUCAACACUGUGCAUGCACUGUGCUUGCCUUUUCCAAAAAUUAACAUGAAGAAAUCUAUGGAACAAACUUUGGCUUCUGGCAGAUCUGAGUGCCUUCAUCAUUUAUGACCACUUGGUAAAUUCCGGUCCAUUCAUCCUUGUAGCUGUCUUUUAUCAUUUCUAAUCGAACAAGACAAAUCAUCAGAGGAGUAGUAUCUUUCUUCCCCCUCCUCAGUGGACAGGUGCAAGAAUGUGCAAUGACAGCCCUAUUUUCUUCUUUCAUUUUCACAAAGCACAAAGAUUUUUAAAAGAGGAACUUAUUUUGUGUUCAUGUUUUUCUACACAGAGAUAAUGCUUCUAGCAAUUUUUGUAAUAUUUAAAGUGGUCUGUUAUUUUGCUGUCAGUCAUUUAUUAACUUUCGUCUGCUUCCAUUUUAAUGUUAAAGUGAAACGUGAAAUGUACUCAUUUAUGGAAGAUGCUUUACCUUUACCAGGUUAUUGAUACAUCUGUGCAGUGGUUAGAUAUUUACAGUCAACCAAAUUUCUUGUAAUCUGCCAUAACGGCUCAGAUUCCAUGUGUUUACAUCUCAGCUGGCAAUAAGUGAACAUUAGAUCUGAUGCAUAGUGUUUUACAGAUAGGUUUCUUUGAUACAGUGGGAAAAUUACCAAGCCAAUGCUACAAUCCCUUUAAUGUAUGCAAUCAAUGCUUUUCUGAUCAGUAAUAAGCAAACCAUCAACUCCUCGCACCCAUUUCCUUGUUAUCUGUGUUCAAGGCAUCAUCAUAACUUCACUGUUUUGGCCUUUGUUCUGGCUUUAUAUCAUACGCUUGACACAGUGGCUUUUUCAAUUUUAAUGCUACACUAAUGCACAGCAAGAGGGUCUAUGCAUGUCUGUUCAUGCAAAGAGGAAAAAAGCUCUACACAGACACGUAAGUUCAGGGUUGCUGUUUAUAUGAGCCCAUUUUCAACUAAUUUCCCAUUGACCUUUGUAUAUGUCUCUCAUCAGUACAACGGUACAUUUCUGUUAACAUACUAAUGCAUGCAGGAAUAUAGCUCAUAAUUGUACAGAUGUCAGAUAUAUGAUUUUUUUUAUAUUUUAUCUUAUUUAUACCAUUGUUUGAGUUUUAAUUUAAAUAAUCUGUUCAUGUUUACAUCAGAUUCUCACUCUGUUGCCCUGCUGGGUUUCCUCUUAGUGUUGUUUGGCCAGUAGAAAUGGUUGCAUUACACUGAAGUGGAAGAUUAUUUGGUAGUGUUUAAAAUAUUGUUCUGGGUUUAAUACAAGUUAAGCUCAUUCGACAGCAAUUGUUUCAUAAUGUUGAUAAUCACAAAACAUUCUUUUUUUAAAUGUGGUUAUAGUAAGCUCUUCCAAAAUAAGAGAAUAGGGCCAAGUCAAUUAACAUUAAAAUAUACACUGUUUCAAAAAUAUAGCCAUAAGACAUAAACAGUAUACAUAUUUUAGUGUAGUAAUAUCAAGGAUUUACCUGCGUUAUAGCAGUAGCCAGAUUACAGGGUUUACCAGCAUCAUGUUGUCAUGACAACAGUGUUGUAGCCUAAUUUUGGAUAUAACUUCACACAGAUUAGGUUAGAAAGUGAUUUUCUCACUCUAAAAUCAUGUUUAGUACAUGUAAUGGCUAUACUUUUGAAACUAUGUUUAAUGUUUUUGGACUGGCCCCAUUCGCUUCUGUUGUAUGUGCCUUAAGGUAACCACAGUUGGUGCUUUUUUUUUUUUAUAUUAUAUAUUUAUAUAAAUAUUAUUUUGGGGGGUAAUUAACAUUAUGCCCCAAAUGCUGUCCAGAGAGCUGAACUUUUACAGAGCCCAGAAUAUUCCUCUUAACAUGCACUCAUGGUAUUUGUUCACCAGAAGAGUUUGUAAGUUUGCUGAAGUAAAAUUCUUUACACUAAGCUUUGGAGUUUCAUUCAGUCCUAUUGUCAUUCCCUUUCCCAUUGUUGAAGAGUAUUCUGCAUGAAUGUGCAAUAGAAAGCACAGUAUAUUUGCAAAGAAAACUCUAUAGAUCACUGAAUUUGAUUGAUUCAUCAGAUUGUUUAGAAUAUUAUUUUGUGUGCGGUUCACAUGUUUGAAUUACAAGAAAAGGGACCAUUUAUCAUAUAAGUUGUAUUAUUUUCAUAGUGCAGUCUUCUGUAUUGCACUAGUUCUCAUUAAAAAUAAGGAUAUGGAUAUACAAACUGAAAAAAAAAAAAAAUGCUGUGCACAAUAUGGCUUUGUUUAAUGAAUCAAUCAAACAUCCAUUGCAGUGAGCAAUGAGGAAGGGAAGAGAACAUGUUUCACAUCAAAAAUUAAAUUUCUUUUUAACAGGUUAUUCAUCUUGUUCAGAUGUGACCAUUAAAGAUCUGAGAUAUGAACUUACUGUCAGAGAGACCUUGGCUAGAGGCAAGCAUUUGAAUUUGUUAAAACCCCAAAUUCAAAGGAGAGAUUGUCUGAGAAUUUUAAACAUGUGUAAAUGAGAGCCAAUCGGACAAUACUAUUGAAUUAAAACUAUGAUUAAUAUUACUUAUAGGAUUGCUGGGGGGUUUGGAGUGAUUGUUUUGUUUGAAGUUAUUUAUUUUUCAUUUUCUGUGUAAAUUAAUUUAUUUAAGCUAACAUCCAGAUUGUAAUUUGUACAGAAUAUGAGAUAGGAAUGUAUUAUGCUUACAGGAAUGUAUCACUGCUUAUUAAUUAGGGUGGAAGCCAUUUUAUUUAAAAAAAAAAAAAAAAAAUGUUCAUCUUAUUUUAAUAAUGCAUUAUUUUAUGUCUGUUAAGUUUAUUGUAUUAUAAUUUGGGGUGGUAUUUGUGUUAGUCUCCAGGUCAACACUCCUAGCCCCUAUUUAAUUACAAGUAUUUAAUAUUUUUAUGUAUUUCAGAUUGUGUGCAACGGAAAGGUUUGUGAAGCAAUAUUUUAUUCUCUACAAACUUCAGAAUUUCAAUCUUCCAAAGCCUCUUGCUGGGAAAGUCUUUAGAUAACCUUCAAUGCCAAAUGUAAAAAGAAAGGCAGCAUGAUUUCUGAUGUUGGUUGUUAUUUUUAAACGGUAUCUCGGUAUCUUCAGCUCAUGGUUCAAGCCACAAUUUUGGCGAAGUUAAAGUGAAGUGGUUUCAGGAUAGUGACCACCGGGAUUAUUUGUGUGUGAAUGUGUGUUUGUGAGUGAGUGACAGAAAGCGAAAGAUAGUGCUGUGGGGGGUCCUAACCCUUUUUCUGCUCAUUAAGAAAGGCUGUAUCUUCAGGCUUUGGAGCUGUGCCUUUUUCUAUGCAAUAUUACCUACAUAUUUUUUUUUUUUUUUAAAUAACCCAUCAACUGAUGAUCACUGUAUUUGCUUCAAGGUGUGGACUGUAGACUGUAUAUAAAAUAUGGACAUGUGUCUAUGAAUUUGAAACAGUCUUACUUUUCUAGUUUUAUAUCAUACAAUAAACA